UAAUUAAAGUUUUCCUUUCAGUUCUUCCCCGACACUCAAACUUAGUCGUUCCGCUCUGAUCCUAGAAUGCGUGUUCAUGCUGCAUCGAUAGAUAUAAUUUUCUUUAAUAAUGCGAUUCUUAGAAUAGUUAUCUAAUUUUCCUCUGGGGUUAACAAGCAAGGAAACGGAACGGGAAUUAAUAUAGGUAAAACUUCUUCAUUCGGGAAACUUGUUCUUAUAACGAGAGCAACAAAAAAAUGGAAUACGUUUUCGAUGUGUUUUUCGAGGAGUCGUUUUUGGUUAUGGAACGGAGUGGUCUGAAAUCGCGUAGCGGUCGACGGGACGUGAUUGACCACUUGAACGCGGUGAUCUCUGGGUGCGUGCAGGGCCGAGAGACUGCCAGCGUGCAGCUGGCGGUCAGUUUGGCCGUCAAAUCGGCCAUUGAUUACCAUCGGAAGAUGAAAAGUGAUAAUUUCGCAAUAUGCAUGAUGGGUAAGUAUCACAAUGUGCUCUACAUAGCCGUGAGGAUCGCUUGGGACUGGAGCCUGGAGGAUUCAGAAGUGAUCGGGUGUUUGCUGGAGGAGAUCUAUGCGUGCGAAAAAACUUUUGAAAGGAUUUUUCUGGGAGCCCUGUUCGGAUCGACUGCACCACAUUUCAUCGCGGGCUGGAAGAGUGACUUUAACGACCAGGACGAGAAUCUGCGAGCCUUGGUGUUUUUUCUACACCAUGCAGGGCGAAACAAGUCGUGCUUCCCAAGUUACUCAUACGCUUACCAUGAUAUACUACCCAAAAAAUUCAUAGACAUUCCCAUUGAAUCUUGUGGGAAAGCGGCCCCUCUACGGGUGGCCAUUCAAGCGUCAGCUCCGGAUAUUCUCAUGAUCCUACUGCGUCAUGGAGCCGAUCCGAACCCCGAUGAUGGCGGAGCUUCUCCGAUCAUUAGCAUUCUGGACAAACUGCUCGAUUAUGAAAACCGUGCCUAUCCGUAUCAAUUAAUUUCAUGCCUAGAGCUGCUGCUCCGUUGCAACGCAAUGGUUGAGCUUCCUUAUAAGCCACAUCUUUUCCACGCACGCAGGGAAAUGUUCGAGAUAAAGUAUGCAGUACUGCUGGCAGACAAGGUUAUCCCACCGAAUCAGUUCUUCGGAGUUCCUCCACUGAAAGCAAUAUGUCGUUGCCAUGUGCGCAAUCAGCUGCGAAACUGCUUCCAGCUGCCACGUGGAAUCAACAAGUUACUUGUUCCCAGAAAAAUUAAAAAAUACCUUGACCUGCUGGAUUGAUCCAGGUCAGUCAUGAGGAACCACUUACUUAUAGGUCGUUUCGCUGAUGUUGAUCUUCCCAUGAACACCAGUAGUCUCCGUUCGACUCGUCAGGUUGACCGUGUUUCCGAACAAACAAUAACGCGGCAUCCGAUUUCCUAUCACCCCCGUUACGACCUCUCCCGAGUGGAUACCGAUUGUAAUUUUCUGUUCAAUAAAUGUCAAAAAAAUUGCGUAGCAAUUCAAA